CCUGACAUCGCACGGUCGGCGGCGCCUUCCCGGAAGAGGUCAGUGUGGGGCUCGGGGAGUGCGGCCCCACCGCAAGACGGCCCGCGGGUGAGUGCCCCGAGUGUCCGCAGGACGAAGGACGGCUGCGCUCUGGUGGGGAGGAUACUGUUGAGGGGGAGGAGGCGGGGUGAUGAAGAAAGUUCCCGAGUCCUUCCCGUGUAAGCGGGGUUUGGCAUGGUCGGUGGGCCGACGACUCCGAGAAGCUGCGGAUCUUCAGUUCAAAAGGCAGACGUUGUCUCAGGGUUGGUCUGAGGUGCUGAUGGUGGCCGCAACAGAAAAGAAGUUACCUUGGACUCACUUCCCGGGAUUUCCUUGACGAAACUGGGAGGAAGGCAGCGAGGACUGGCCCGCAGUGAUUUCCUCGGAAAGUACCUGUAACUCGACCCCCUCAGGGCGAGCCUGCGAGGAAUUGCUGUCCGCGGUGCUGAAAACAGAGCGGCGCCCUGAAGGAGGAAACCCGAUGAGGGCAGGACAGUGUUUCCACUUCCCUCCGCUGCGCUCAGCGUCCUACGCUCCCUGUGUGUGUGUGUGCUGAAGGAAGGGCUCAAUUUUUUUUUUUUUUUAAAUCGGUGCUGGACACUCAGGCGGUGAGCAGACAGUCUUAAUUAAGUAAAACUUAGGAAAGCCAGUGCUCCAUUCCAAGAAGAAAUUUUCAUUCCUGUUUUUUAAGUAACAUUAUUACAGCUCAAACUGCAUUCUCCCUUUGGGCAGCCACCUUCAGCUCUUGCACCCAACUAGAUGAUCUGCCUUCAGACUCACAGUCUUCCAAGUAGUUCGCUAGACCUCUGUCUGUAUCAGCCCAGGUACUUCCACCAAGGUGAGCGUGCUCAUCGUAUAAAAUGUUUUGUGAAAAUGGGUUCUUCUGAACUCCCUAAGUGAGACUCUAGAGAAACCAGGCAGAAGGCUUAUAAAGGCAGCCUUGAUUAAAGAUGACGUCCCUCUUUGCUCAAGAAAUUCACCUUUCUAAAAGACAUGAAGAAAUAGUAUCACAAAGAUUAAUGUUACUUCAACAAAUGGAGAAUAAACUUGGAGAUCAAAACAAGGAAAAGGCACCUCAGAUGCAAGCAGCUGAGACUGCUUUACAAAGGAACCUUAGUCUUUUAAAGGAUAUAGAAGCAGCAGAGAUGUCUCUACAGACCCAGAUUCAUCCAGUUCCACCUCCUGAGGUGGCUUCUCUUGAGACGCUUUACUGGGCAUCAGUAGAAGAAUAUAUUCCCAAAUGGGAACAGUUUCUUUUAGGAAGAGCACCAUAUCCCACUGGUGCUGAAAAUCCAAGUGAAGCAGAAAAUACCAUACAAAAGGAGGAGCAGCAAUAGUUUCUUCGCAUACUAUUUCAAAACCUGUUUGGUAUAGCUGAAUAUUAAAGAAUAUGCAGGUCGCUGCGGGAACUGUAGGAGUCAGACACGUUCACGCUGUCUCAGUACUUCCUCAAUGACAAUGAAGGUUUGAGGGUCUACUUGGAACCUUCAUGUCAUCAUGGGGAGACCCACCACUCUUUCAGUCUCAUGGAUUUGCUUUCUACCAAACCCACAUAAGUGCUGAAAGCUGAUGUUGAGAGAUGGGACCAUCAAUUAAAUAAGUUGCUGAAUGA